AUGCCUCCUCGUCGUUCACAGCGAUCCAAGCGGCCAUCUGCUCAGGCCUUGGAGGCUCUGGUUUCCUCCCCUCCGCAGCGUGUCAGGAGACAGAGCUUGGUUGUCGAUGGCAGCUCGUCAUCCUCAACCCAGCAACCCUCCCUUCUGCAUGAAUCCUUGGCAGCACAACCUGUGUCACGACCAGUAACCUUGUUUCCUGUGCAAUCCCUGCAACCUCCUGCAGCACCAGCAACAGACCAGCCUGCCGUUUUAACUUCUUCUGUAAUGGAUCAGCUGAUGUCGCGGGUAACAGAUGAAGUGACCAAGCGGUUGCAGCCAUUGCUUUCCAAUUUAAGCUCAAUGGCCCAGCAAGCAUAA